GGGAACGGGCGGCAGCAGCAGGCGGAUGGAGCUAGCAAGCUAGAGCAGGCGCUUAGGGAGGGGAUGUCUGUUACUCGUGGCUGUUACCGUGCAUCCGAAGAGCCCCAAUUGCUGUUUGCCCUCUCCAGAGAUGCUGUCAGCAUGCAGAUGUUUACUUGCUCUGUGGUAACUUGUUUGCUUUCCUCUUCCCUUGUCUCCUCCGCUCAGCUCUGCGUUUCUCCUUCUCGUUCACCUGUUGUAUCCUGUCAACCCAGAUCACAAGCUUUCUAGGACACACACUUGUCCGCACAGCCGUCGGUUUGCAUGGUGCUGUUAAAAGGCACAGCUGGGCCCUUCACUGCAAGGCUUUUUUGAGGGAGUCUCCAACACUGAGUCACGUUUCUGACUAACCGUUUGGAUCACUGCGUGCAGCCAGUUUCUGGCUUGGCUAUGACUGCAGGUUAUGUUUGUCUGUAGGGAAGAGUCCUCUCGGUUCUGCUGCUCGUUCCAAGACCUACUAGGUGCUCCAGCGUUUCUUGAGAAAUGUGAUGAUGCAGAGGGAAGGAAGAGGAAUGAGCCAACAUGAGCUGGGAAUAACCUUUGUUUCUGUGAGACAGCUACAAGGUACUUCCUUUCUGACUUUCAGUAGCAAAGAGAAACUAAAGACCUUGAAGAAAGACACCUGCAGCCCCUUACUCGGCAGUAGCAAUGCUUCAGCGAUGAGAUUAUAGUGAGCCCUCCCUGUGUGGCCUCCAUGGGUCCCACUCAACUCAGCACACAGGAUCAUGGGAAGAGGGUGGCAAGUGUAUUUGAGAUGGAGGAGGAAGGGCUUUCGCUCUUCCCUGGCCCAGAGAACCCCCCUGAGCAUGCAGAAAAUCCCCCCCUGAAGCGGAAGAAGGGCCCAGCCCCUAAGAUGCUGGGAAAUGAAGUGUGCAGCGUGUGUGGGGACAAGGCAUCUGGCUUCCAUUACAAUGUGCUGAGCUGUGAAGGCUGCAAGGGCUUCUUCCGCCGCAGCGUCAUCAAGGGUGCACAGUACGUCUGCAAGAACGGUGGCAAGUGUGAGAUGGACAUGUACAUGCGUCGCAAGUGUCAGGAGUGCCGGCUGCGCAAGUGCCAGGAGGCGGGCAUGCGGGAGCGCUAUGUUCUGUCUGAAGAACAGAUCCGACUGAAGAAACUGAAGAAGCAGGAAGAUGAUCAGGCUCGCACAGUUGUGAUGCGUCCAAACCCUCCGAAUCCACCAAGCCCUUCUCACAAACUGACACCUGAACAGUUGAGCAUGAUAAAAAAACUUGUGGCCGCUCAGCAGCAGUGCAACCAGCGCUCAUUCACAGACAGGCUUAAAGUGACGCCGUGGCCCCAAGUUCCUGACCCUAAUAACCGUGAAGCAAGGCAGCAGCGUUUUGCUCACUUUACGGAACUUGCAAUUAUCUCUGUGCAAGAGAUUGUGGACUUUGCCAAGCAACUGCCUGGCUUCCUGGAGCUCACCAGGGAAGAUCAGAUUGCUUUGUUGAAGACAUCUACCAUAGAGGUGAUGUUGUUGGAGACAUCUCGUCGAUACAAUCCAGAGAUUGAGAGCAUCACCUUUCUUAAGGACCUGAGCUAUAAUCGGGAUGACUUCGCCAAAGCAGGUCUACAGUUUGAGUUCAUUAACCCCAUCUUCGAGUUCUCAAAGGGAAUGAAUGAGCUACAGCUCAACGAUGCUGAAUAUGCACUUUUAAUUGCCAUCAACAUUUUCUCUGCAGACCGACCGAAUGUGCAGGACCAGUCCCUGGUGGAGAGGCUGCAGCACACCUACGUGGAAGCCCUUCAUUCUUACAUUUGCAUCAACAGACCAAAUGACCGCCUGAUGUUUCCACGGAUGUUAAUGAAGCUGGUCAGUCUUCGGACACUAAGUAGUGUCCACUCCGAACAGGUGUUUGCCCUUCGGCUGCAGGACAAGAAACUCCCUCCCCUGCUUUCAGAAAUCUGGGAUGUGCAUGAGUGACUGCAUGCUCCCAGGGCACUGACAUGCCGACAUAAUGCCAUCUCCCAGCCUUUGCUAACGAGAAGCCAGCCUCCCCUCUCCAAAGCACUGAACUCUGGGCUAGACAGCGCAGGGAUUGAUGCGCCUGGGGUUUCAAUGUUGUCAUGAGACUAUGCAGGAGGCAGCUGGGGUAGAUCAGAUGGGGGGGGUUGGUUUUGAGGUAGUGCCCAUACCCCAAAGGAAUAACAUGAGACAUCUGAAAACAGUAGAAAUGAAGACCUUCCCCCCAUACACAUACACCUCUUUCUUCAGAGUCUUUCUCCUUAAGCAUGUCUCGAGGGCUUGCCCGUUGAUCCUCUCCUCUCUUGUUGAUUAUGAAAGUGAAUUUGCAGGAACUUGCCAAACCCUCUCUAUUGAGAGUAAACCCAGCUCAAAAGGCUUCUGCAGGGUCCCCAGUGUACCUGGAUCUGAGGAGCUCAGGGAAGUCAAUGUGGAUGUUCUAGGGGUUUCACUGGGUUUCCUAUAAAUAAAAUCUCUUGUAUGCGCUGCCCUUUACGAUUCCAAGAGAAGUAGCUGUUAUUUCGUUAUUAUGAGACUUCAUCUCUAGAGCUGCCCUUUCAUUCUGGCCCUCCUUUGGAUUACUCUAAUGCGUAGUGCCCUUUGUCUAACAGGGAGGCCCUCUGGGUAGGGAACAUUUGUACAUCGGAAAGAUGUCAGGCAUAAAGUAGUGGAUUUUUUUUAAUGUAAAACACCACAGUUGUAUCUCAUGGUGGUUCUCAGCCAGUUCACUGUACCUUUGAUUUGCUAACAGCUGGAAAACUUUAGUUCAAAACAAAUCAGGGGUGGAAUAGAAGAAAGAUAGGUGGGAAGAACUGGUACCUAGGCAAGGUAGGUGUGGUAGAAGGAUCUCAAAAACUUCCAAG